GAAGAAGAAGAAGAAGAAGAAGUGCAACGAUUCUGCUAUUUGGUAGCCUAGCCCGAAUGUGCCUCCAAAUAUGUGAGAAGUGCAAGGUUAAGCAGGUUUCAGGCACAGUGCUGGCCUCAGCUGCAUUCAGACACAAACCAUGGCGGACUAUCGUUUUCUGUGGGACUCGGACAUGUCGGUGAAACCGGACUGGCGCCAUUUGUGCGGCUGUUGUUAUUGUAGCUAGCGUUAGCGUUAUCGGAAUUAGCUAACAGUGCUGUGUUCGCUCUGAGCAUAACCCAUGUUGAUUCAUUGCUGCGGUCAGGAAAACCGCAAAAACAACUCCGGAGAAAGUUGCAAGUAUUAAUAACAGACCCGAGCACUGUUUAUGUUUACGUUUAUGUCCUUUAAUUCGUUUAACAAUGGGCCUUAAUCGGUUAUUUAGGCAAGGUUGCAGUGCAUGAUAUGCUAACAUUAUUUGACAAGUGAAAUGUAACAGUACUAUCUUGUGCAUGCUUUGGGCAGAGCCGCCUCACUUAAAAUGUUAUUAGUAGCUAAGAUGAGCUAACACGCCUAGCAAAAACAAAAACAGUCGGCGUCGUCGCUGUUUACAUGUUUUGUGAUGGAGCAGCUGAUAGGAAGCGACUGCUCGACAUAUCAGUCUGAGUUGUAGCUUCUGAAAAGUGAAAUCAUGUCGUGCAAAGCCGCCACUAAGGACAAGAAAUCCAGCUUCAGUAAGAAGCUGUUCAGGCGAGGCUCAGUCCGGUCUGUGGGGAGUUUCAUGAGCAGAGUUCUCAGGACACUGACGGCGUUAUCCCACUUUGGAUCUGAAGUACAAACAGAGGACGACAAAGACGAUGGAGGCUUCUCCACUUUUAAAUCUGGAAGUAAAGAUGUGCCCAUGGAGGAUGGAGACCUCGGAGGCUUCAUGUGUGGGGAGAGAGUACCUGGAGUGUCAGGGCUGAAAAACCAUGGGAAUACCUGCUUCAUGAAUGCAAUACUGCAGUGCCUCAGUAACACUGAACUCUUUGCUGAGUACCUGGUUUUGGAGCACUACAAAGGAGAAGAGCUGAAUGAGGACAAACCAAAGACAAACGGUGUACAUCUGCAGAGGAAGGGUCCGCUGGCCAAAGGAGAGGUUACAGAGCAGCUGUCAGGACUUGUCCGGGCUUUAUGGACAUUUGAGUACACUCCUCAGCAUAGCAGGGAUUUCAAGAAUGCUGUGUCAAAAAAUGCCACGCAGUUUAAAGGUAACGCUCAGCAUGACGCUCAGGAGUUCCUGCUGUGGCUGCUGGACAGGGUACAUGAGGACCUCAACACUGUCAACCCCAACUGCAGACCUACAAUAAAGCCACCUAUUGAAGAAGAUGACCAGAGCGUAGAAGGGCCGUCUCCCCCUCUAUCUGCUGGGUCAUUUGUACAAGAACUUUUUCAGGCUCAAUACAAAUCCUCUCUCACCUGCCCACAUUGUCAAAAGCAGAGCAAUACAUUUGAUCCUUUCCUCUGCAUAUCCUUGCCUAUCCCGCUACCGCACACACGGCCACUCUAUGUGACCGUGGUGUACCAGGGGAAGUACUCUCACUGCAUGAGGAUCGGAGUGGCUGUCCCCCUGAACAGCACCGUCUAUCGCCUCAGAGAUGCCGUGUCACGUGAGACCAAGAUCCCAAUGGACCAGUUUGUUUUGACUGAAAUGUACUAUGACGGCUUUCACCGCUCAUUUUGCGAUGACGAUGAUGAUCUUGACAUCAUCCAAGAGAGCGAUUCUAUCUUUGCCUUCGAGACACCAGAGACCUUCAAACUGGAAAACAUACGUACAAAAAGAGGAAGUCUUCUGGCAAACCUGAAUCAUAAUAAUCUGAAGUAUGGGACGGAAAUCAGCAGGACGCCGUCUUUUAUGCAGGGGGCCAUGACUCCUGUAACUGCAUCACCCAAUAAAAACUUGGGACCUGAAAAAAUGAUCCUACUGGUGUGUAACAGAGCUUGUACUGGACACCAAGGAAAGAGGUUCGGAUUGCCGUUCGUACUGUACAUGGAGCGCACUGUGACCUGGGAUGCUUUGCAGAAAGAGAUUCUGGAGAAAAUGCGCCAUCUUCUGAGACCUGGGGUCUACAUUCAGGUGGGACCCUUCAGUCUCCGGGUGGUGGGCGUCGUUGGUAUCACCUACCUCCUUCCCCAAGAUGAGAGACCACUGUGUCAUCCAACUGUGGAGAGAGCGUACAAGUCCUGCGGACAAGGAGGUCCACCACAUGUGAAGAUUGUUGUGGAGUGGGACAAAGAAACCAAGGACUAUUUGUUCGGACACACUGAGGAGGAGUACAUUCCUGAUGCUGAGAGUGUGUAUCUGCACAGGGAACAGCAUCAUCAGCCGCAGGCCUGCACCCUCGCUCAGUGCUUUCAGCUGUACACGAAAGAGGAGCAGCUAGCCCCUGAUGACGCCUGGCGCUGUCCCCACUGCAAGCAGCUGCAGCAGGGCCGCAUUAAGCUCAGCCUGUGGACGCUGCCGGAUGUGCUCAUACUGCAUCUCAAGCGGUUCAGGCAGGAGGGAGACCGGCGGGUGAAAAUGCAGAACAUGGUGCGGUUCCCCCUCAUGGGCAUGGACAUGGCGCCUCAUGUGGUGAAGAGAAGCCAGAGCAGCUGGAGUUUACCCUCUCACUGGUCGCCAUGGAGACGACCCUAUGGCCUUGGGAGAAACCCCGACGACUACCUGUACGACCUGUAUGCUGUGUGCAACCACCACGGGAAUAUGCACGGAGGCCACUACACAGCCUACUGUAAGAACUCCAUCGAUGGUCAGUGGUACUGCUUCGAUGACAGUGAGGUUUCACCGAUCGCCGAUGACGACGUGUGUCAGCAGACGGCGUACAUACUGUUUUACCAGCGGAGGACGGCCAUUCCCUCGUGGUCGGCCAACAGUUCUGUCGCUGGGUCCACCAGCUCGUCUCUGUGCGACCACUGGAUCAACAGGUUACCUGGGAGCAGACCGGCCAGCCUGGCCUCCGGAGCUUCGUCCAGACGAACGUCCCUGGCUUCACUGGCUGAGUCGGUGGAGUUUCCAGUGGAACGUAACGAAGAUGAUGGAGGAUUCUCUGUUCGCCCAUUCGUGAGGAGCAUCCAGCGUCAGAGCUUGUCCUCCAGGUCGUCCAUCGCAAGCCCUUUAGCCUUGAGCGACAGCGGGAUAAGGCCGUCAUGGUCACUUUCUGCAAAGCUGCACAUGAGGUCCAAUUCUCCCUCACGCUUCUCUCUAGACUCGCGCUGCUCGCCUCCUCUGGAACGGAUAGGAGAAGCCUGCGACGACAAAGUGUCCACGUCCUGCUUCGGCAGCUACAGCAGACACGAGCGCUACUUCGGCAGCAGGACGCCAUUGUCUAUGAUGGAGAGCAACAUCAGCGACCAGGACAAUAAAAGGUUCCUGGACAUGAUGUACUGCAGGGCUCCUACUCCAGUGGACAAAAAGAGCACCAAAAACGAGCCGACGGAAAACAACAACCAGAUUACAGCUAUAGACCAAAACAUUCUCCCCACACAAGCUACCCCCGCCAAAGAGCAGAAACGCAAGAGCAGUAUUGGAGGAUUCGGCUCAAAGGCAGAAAGCACAGGCUCCGCGAAGAACACCAGCAAAGUGGAGCAAGAGAAAACCUCCAAAAAGCGUUUGUGCUCAACACAUAAGACCUCUGCUACGGAGACGUCUUCCAGUACGCCUGUUAAAGGCAAAAAGUUGAGCAAUACUAAAGAAAAGAGCGUUAAUACUAAGAAAAGCACCUCCACACCUAGUGGGACUCCCUCCAAAACUAAGGAUCCGGCUCCAGCAUCGGAGGCAACGCCACAGCAUAAGCCAUGCGUCCGUUCAACACCUCAGUCCUCAGCGUCUCCAUCGCCAACAGCAAAGAAGAACAGCAACGUCAGUGAGAAAAACACCACAAACAGCCGCAAAAGACUGGUGGAGAGGAGCUACAGCAGAGAUUCUAUGCACACAAGCCCCCUGGUGGACAACCUGCGAGGCAGCCCUGCAGCCCGCUCGUCCCCGUCUAAGACCGGGGAAAGCAGUCGCCCCGAAAGGAGGUUCUUGAGGAGCUCCAGUAGCAGUUCUUCAGUCACUAGCCUGCGCUCACCAAGUGUGUCUACCCGAGACCUGCAGCGAAGCAGCAAAUCUGAGGAAAAGGGCUUGUCUUUCUUCAAGAGCGCCCUGCGACAAAGGGAAAGCCGCCGGUCGGCUGAUCUGGGAAAAAGCAGCGUGCUCGCCAAAAAGACCUCAGAGAGGACAUGCAAGCAGAACGGACAAGCCAAGGACAUGAGCGGAAACGGAAAGACGGGAGACACCGCGUCCUCACAGACAAUAGAAACCCCCGCAGGUGACACAAAGGCAGAGACAAAGGAGUCUUCCAAACCCCCCAGCUCUCUCAGUCGCUCUCUGCUUCACGUAGGCAAGUCCAAGUCUUCCACUUCCGAAGUAAGUCUCAAGUCUCCUGCAAAAGGGAAGAAGCCUCUGGAAAAGACGGCGUCUUCUCGGAAACUGUCAACAAGCAUGCAAUCUCCUGCACGUACAACACAGAGGCCUCAAUGAUAAGCCCGUGGUAAUUACAUUAACUUUACAUAAUGCAGCUAUUUUCUUUGUGCCUAAGUUUCAGUGAGCACCGUGUGUAUUUGCACAGGGACAUAUUUUGAUGUAAAGGUUUCAUCCACUGAUAUCUGACCUUUAUGACGACUUCUGAGGUUUAGAUAAUGAGUCUUUUCAGCAAAGCUCUGCAUAUUUUCGGUGCCAAAUACUUAGCCUUUUAUUCCUCUUAGCUGAUAUUUUUAUUAAAUACAUUGCACCUUUGACUAUUAUUCUACUUUUGGUGAAGGUACGCAUGGAAUUGGGGAGUACAGGAGUGUGGAACGUACAUUUAUCUGUACAGCAGUCGUGUAUAUUUUCUGUAGUGUUACAGGGGCUUUCAUGACAGCUGGGGCGAUGCAGCUUUGAAGUUUUAUAAUCCAAUUUCCUUCCCUUCACACCUGCAAACUUGAUAAACACACCGAGUUUGCUCGCUAAAUACUGUCCUGGAGAUCUGAAAUGUGACAGCCAACAUUUUACAGAUAGAAAUGAGCUUGCUUGCUUUGAAAAAAUCCAAAAGUAAUGUCAAGAAUUUUUAGACGCGAUGGAAAAAUUAUGUCAAUUUUUAGUGCUGAACCCUUGUGGUGUUCAGUCUGAAACCUUCACAUCAAAAACCGCCUCUGGACAAAUAUCAGAACUGGGUUUGUUUGUGCGCUCACAGACGCUCACACACAAAAAGAGUUUCAUUCCGAAAGAGUCGUGAUGUGUUUUCUAGUAGUUUUUCCUGAUUGAUUUGAGCCGAUCAUUUGGAAUCUGUUUGAGACACGUUUGCGCAUUCCCAUGGUUCAUAGGGGCUGAAUGAGUAGGUUUAUCAAACACUAAGGAGGAAAAGAUAUCAGUCCAUUAUAAUGUAUAAUGUCACGUUCAAUGCAGUAGGGUUUAUACAGAGAUGAAAAGAUAAUUAAUAAUAAUGAA